GGGCCUCGCGAUCUGCUCCGACCCCCCCCCGACCUCAGACCCCCCCCCCGAACUCAGACAACCCCAGCACCAACACUACUUCACCAUGGAGGACAGACCCAAACACUUGGCUGCUCUGCGUAAGAGCUUCUUCACCAGCAAAGAGAGCAGUCGACCCGAGAAGAGAGAAAUCAGGUGCCCCACCCCAGGCUGUGAUGGGACAGGUCAUGUGACCGGCCUCUACCCCCACCAUCGCAGCCUCUCAGGAUGUCCACACAAGGACAGGAUUCCCCCAGAGAUUCUGGCCAUGCAUGAGAACGUGCUGAAGUGUCCAACUCCUGGCUGCACCGGUCAGGGACACGUCAACAGCAACCGCAACACUCACCGCAGUCUGUCAGGCUGUCCAAUCGCUGCUGCCGACAAGCUUUCCAAGGGCAACGACAAGCAGUUGCUGCCUCAGCCAAUUGGAGAGCACCUCAGAGGAAGUCCAACCAAUGAGCGCAUACUGAGACCCAUGUGCUAUGUCAAGCAUGUGGAGGGGUCCCACCUGGGUCCGUACCCCAACCUGUCUCCCAGCAUGCCUAGCGUGGCCAGAGCUAACCUGGCCAGGGAGCUGGAGAAGUACUCCAAAGUCUCCUUCGACUACGCCAGCUUUGAUGUGCAGGUGUUUGGGAAACGCAUGCUGGCUCCAAAGAUGGCCGCCGGCGAAAGCUCACCGAAAGCCUUCAAAUCUAAACACUCGUUCCCCAAGUCCUCCACCCCCAGCCUCAGCCUCCACAGUAGCUACGGCAACAGGAACUCCUCCUACUCACACGAAGCCGAGGAGGCACACAUGGCCGCCACCGCCAUCUUGAAUCUGUCAACGCGCUGCUGGGAGCGUCCAGAGAACCUCAGCACAUGCAGCACCCUUACGCAUACGCACCCCAAGAAUGUGGACAUCGAGGUGGAUGAGAAUGGAACUCUGGACCUGAGCAUGAAGAAGCCUAUUAAACAUGAGGGCUCCAGUCCAGUUGUGCUCUCUCCUGACCCCUCCUCCUCCUCCUCCCUCCACCUGGCCUCGCCUCACGGGGCCACGCCCCACAAGCAAGAAGAGUGGGAGGGGCCUCUGGACUACACUAAACCCAACCGCCAGAGAGAAGAGGACAUAGAGGAGAUGGAACACACAGGCCAGUCCUGUGCCUCGUCAGAUCCUGAGGACUGUGAAGCCUGGGAGGACAGGAAGUACCCUGGCGAUGUCACUUCCCCCAACUUCAAGAUCAAGUUCCAACCCAAGGACUGCAAGAAAGACCUGCUUCUGUGUCCCACCCCUGGUUGUGAUGGUAGUGGUCAUAUCACUGGAAACUACGCCUCCCAUCGCAGUCUCUCUGGGUGUCCUCUUGCUGAUAAGAGUCUUCGUUCCCUCAUGGCGGCUCACUCUGCUGAACUCAAGUGCCCCACCCAAGGGUGUGACGGCUCCGGCCACAUCACCGGAAACUACGCCUCUCACAGGAGUUUGUCUGGCUGUCCGCGUGCCAAGAAAUGUGGAGUAAAAACCGCCCCCAGCAAGGACCCGGAUGCCCCCGAGCUCUUAAAAUGCCCGGUGCCUGGCUGUGACAGUCUGGGCCACAUCAGUGGGAAGUAUGCGACCCACCGCAGUGCGUAUGGAUGCCCCCUGGCGGCGCGCCGGCAGAAGGAGGGUGUUCUGGGCGGAGCCCCAUUCAGCUGGAAGGCCUUCCGCGCCGAGGGCCCCAGCUGCCCCACACCCGCCUGCGACGGCUCUGGCCACGCCAACGGCAGCUUCCUCACGCACCGCAGCCUAUCCGGGUGUCCCAGAGCCUCCUUUUCUAAGAAAAAGAUCAAGUUCACUGGAGAAGACUUCCUCUGCACCAAGGCCAGGACCAGUGACGUCCUGGAUAAGGAUGAGGACAUCCAGCAGCUGAACAAGGAGAUAAACGACCUGAACGAGUCCAACUCUGAGGUGGAGGCAGACAUGGUUAACCUGCAGACACAGAUCUCCUCCAUGGAGCGCAGCCUGCAGAGCAUCGAGCAGGACAACAAGAUGAUGGAGGAGCAGAAUGAAGCUCUGUUCCUGGAGCUGUCUGGUCUCAGCCACGCGCUCAUACACAGCCUAGCCCACAUCCGCCUGCCGCACCUGGAGCCAAUCACCGAGCAGAACUUCGACCGCUACGUGUCGACGCUAACAGACAUGUACAGCAACAAGGAGCGCUUGCAGAGCCCAGAGAACAAGGCUCUGCUGGAGACCAUCAACCAGGCCGUCAAGGGCAUCAAGGUCUGAGGAGG